CAAUUAUCUCUGGCACGCAGGCAGGAAAUUGCAAUUUGCAGAGGCUUCCGGAUAGCACUAGCGUGAAAUUACAUUCCUCAAAAUCAGGCCAGGGAAGUUAAGCGAAAAUUCUGGUAUAUUCAGUCAAAAAGGGAACCUCCAGGAAUGUUCAUCAUCCGACGUGACCUCGUGCCUGAAGCUGAAGCUUCUUGCGGCUAUGGACAGAGUAGCGCGCAGCUUCAAUGAAAUUCCUAUAUUAGAGGGCGUCACCUUUGUGAAAGAUAUUAAGGCAGCUGUGGUACAAAGUGAGCCUAUUAAAAGCGAAGCUGAAAUUGAAGCCAGCCUGCCAAGGUCCCUCGAGGACAAACAAGAUGCCUUGAAUGGCAUGAUUGCUGAGAAAGUGUCCAGUUUCGUAGGGUCGCACACAUUGCAGAUCAAACUUCCUACAGCAACUGACCUCCAACGCUCACUUGUAGAAGAAGGUCGUGGCAAAAAGAAGAAAAUGAGCGGCUACCUACUCCUACCUCUUAUCCUUGGAGGUACUAUGAUUCCUCUAGCUCUUGGUGCUCUGGCUUUGCUAGCUGGCAAGGCUCUUAUCGUCUCUAAGCUAGCUUUGGUUCUGGCUGGAAUCAUUGGACUGAAAAAAUUGCUCUCAGGAUCAGGAGGAGGACAUGAGUCAGGUCACGUUGAGGUAGUAGCUGGAAGUGGAGGCCACUCUGGCUGGGGCAGGUCGUAUACCAAGGAGGAGGCUCAGAAGAUGGCAUACCAAGCGUAUGAACCCAAAGCAACGACGACGUCGUGACUCAGUGCCUAGGUUACUUUUAUAAUUUAUUUAUUUAUUGUUUUUUAUAUAAGUAUUAUU